UGGAUAUUGGGUAUUGGAUGGUGUCCGACGACCUUAACUUUCGGAGUUCACAUUGAAAGUUAGUGGAGACUAUCAACAAUGCCUGUUCUAUCUAAUUCUGAUCGAGAUCGUAUUGGGAAACUAUUUAGUGAAUUGGAUGUAGACAAGGAUGGUCGAAUUAGUGUUACCGAACUUAGUCGUGUUAUAAAAGGAAACAAGGAUGAACCGAAUACUCAAAGCAAAACAGCUAAAAAAAUUAUAACCAAAGGAGAUUCAGAUAAUGAUGAAACAUUAACUUUUCAAGAAUUUCUUUCUUACAUACAAGAUGCUGAAACUCAUUUAAAAUUGGCAUUCAAAGAAAUUGAUCAAAACAAUGAUGAACGUAUAGAUGUUGGUGAAAUUCAGUCGGCUAUGAAAAGACUUGGUGUUAAUGUGAAUGAGGCUGAUGCAAAAAAGUUACUGAAGCGUAUGGAUAAAGAUGGAUCACUGGAUAUUGAUUAUAAGGAAUGGAGGGAUUUUUUAUUAUUUAGUGGAACUUCAAAGAUUGAUGAGAUUUUUCGGUAUUGGAGGCAUACAACAGCUAUAGAUAUUGGUGAAAACAUGUGUGUUCCAGAUGAUUUUACAGAAGAGGAAAAAAAAUCUGGGGAUGCAUGGAAAACAUUAGUCUCUGGAGGUAUUGCUGGUUGCAUCUCUAGGACUGUUACAGCUCCCUUAGAUCGAAUUAAGCUGACAUGGCAGGCACUUGGAAGUAAAGCUUCUGAAGUAGGACUUUUCGGUACAGUCAAUAAAAUGGUUAAAGAAGGUGGUAUCACAUCACUUUGGCGUGGAAAUGGUGUUAACUGUUUGAAAAUUGCUCCAGAGUCAGGAAUUAAGUUUCAAGCCUAUGAAAUGUACAAACAUUGGCUUAAUGAAAGUUUAGGCAGUAGUCCAGAUGGAAGUUUGAAAUUACAUACGAAAUUUUUAUCUGGUGCAUUGGCUGGUGCAACUUCUCAAACUAUUAUUUACCCUAUGGAAGUACUAAAAACACGAAUGUGUUUACGAAAAACUGGACAGUACUCGUCGAUAUUUGAUUGUGCUCGAAAGCUGUAUCAAAGUAACGGCAUUGGUAUAUUUUAUCGAGGUUAUGUGCCUAAUAUACUGGGUAUUUUACCAUAUGCUGGAAUAGAAUUAGCUUUGUUUGAAACAUUCAAACAAACGUACGCAAAGCUUGUUAUAUCAAAAGAUGAAAAAUCUGCCAAUUCACCCCCACCAGUCUAUGUAUCUGUUGGAGCUGGUGCUCUUUCAUCUUUAUGCGGUCAAUUGGGUACUUAUCCUUUGGCGUUGGUGCGUACAAAACUUCAGGCUCAAACAGCUUCAGAUAAGAGUGGAUUAGUCAAAGUUGUGAAGAAUAUUGUAGAACAUGAAGGUGUAUCAGGUUUAUUCAGGGGAUUAGGACCGAAUAUUUUGAAAGUACUUCCUGCUGUUAGUGUGUCAUAUGCAUGUUAUGAUCAAAUCAAAGCAUUUCUUAAUGUUUCAAAGUAAGUCAAUCAAUCAGUCAAUCAAUCAAUCAAUCAAUUAAUCAAUAUAUAACCAGACAAACAAUGAAUUAUGUAUGCUACAAUUUGUAUUUUCUGCUUGUCAGCUAAAGCUAUCUGAUCAACUUUUUUUUCUACACAUAUUUAUAUUCCUGCAUCAAACAAAGUUCACUAACAUAUCAUGAGCUUUUUUAUUAUCACAAUUAAGAUUGUUUGUCAUUCGGAUACAGAGUUCUUUACUUCCUUUCUUAGCCAUGGUAUAUUUUAUGGCUUUUAUUAUGAACAUCCUAUUUACGUUUCCUUUUUUUUUGUUGCGGUUAUCUUGCAUCCAAAGAAUUUAUAGCUUUCUCUCGUUUUGUCUGACACAUUUGACAAAUUUGAUUACUCUAAUCUGUAUAAUGUCGUUGACGUCUUGCCUAAUGAAGGUCUAGAUAUAUAUAUUUUUUGAAAUAAACUCUAAAUAUUUAAGCUUAUAUGUCAGUUGAUUUCGCUUAUGUCUGUUGAGUGUGUACAAUACUUCUCUCUGAUAACUAAUCGUCUAUUAUACCGAUAUCAUCGAACCAUAUAAUCCAUUACAAUCUCAAUUUUCGAUUUCUAAUACACCUUCCAUCCUCGUCUAUCAGCACAUGACCUGUAAACAUUUUCGUCUCUGAUUUUGCUGUGGUUCGUUCAUCGUAGUAUUAUUUAUUCAUAAUAUAUCUACUUAUAUAUUUCUCAUGGUAUACUUGACACUGUAGUCAACUGAGGAGUUGUAUCGAACAUUGAUGAAUUGAUUGAACUCUGCUUUAUUAAUAUUUGCGACGUUGAUUCAUUGGUCGGCGUUCGAACCUUCGACGAUAUAUAUAUAUAUAUAUAUAUCCCCGUGUUUCUAUAAUUAUGAUGAAGUCGUUAAAUUAUUUUUGUUGAUAAUCUGUACACGAAGUCAGUUGGUUGGUUGGUUGGACUAGCGGUGGAAUCCAAGACAAAGCGCACUCGGACCCAGUGCCCAUAGUCUCAGACUCCAAAGUGUUAUCAAUUAGAUUAUUUGGGCCACGAGAGCCACCUCUUAUGCAACGGGUCUUAUUAAUUCUACAGUUCAAUUAAGAUUUUCGCGUCAGUUGACUGGACCUCCAGAUGACGAGUCAGUCCCAAAUAGGACGAAAUGCGCACUCUGGAUUCCACUGCUAGUUACCAUCAACCAGCUGACUUCAAGUUACAUGACCAAAUAUCAUUGGAGCAUCUGUACAAGGAACUGACAUUCCAACCUAAGACGGAGCACUUUGGUCCAAUCAAUCGAGAGGAAAAUCUAAAUUGAAUUAGAUAAUCUCUACUGUUAAUAACUUUUUGAUGUGGUUCAGUUGUCUAAACUGACUAGUUUAUUUGUUAAGCUUUCAUUGUUCAUCUUGACAACUUCUUCAGUGCAUACUUCUAUCAUCCGCCUGAGCUACAAAUCUUCAUUAUUAUUAUGAUAAUUGUUACUAUCAUCCUUCUCCUCAAUGUUGUCGUCUUCAUCGUGAUCACUGAUUGAAUUUGUAUCUCUUUAGUACAUAUUCACACAUAUGCGUAGCUUAUUUGAGUCACUUUUUAUUCCCUUUUCAGUUUUUUAUACUAAAUCUUUCUUUAUUCUUCAAAAAUUUGUUAUUCUGGUGAUAAUAUUAAUAAAAACAAUGUUUGU